AUGCGAGGCAGCUUACAGACAUUGGGGGGAGAAGGCGCUCUCUCUUUGCUGAGAAACAGUGUCACGUCCGCAUCUAGUGAUUUCAAGAAGGCAUCCAAGCCUGCGGGCAAGGCUUUCCAAACUGCACAUGACUCCUCCGGCUGGGACAGGAAGGCCCGAUGGCAACGCGCCUUCAACCUCGCAAAAUCUAAAAUGGAUGUCCAAGGCAUGGACGAGUCGGUGGACAAGUGGGGCGCCCGAGACGCGGAAGGUGGUGACCGGCGCAGCGCCUCCGCUCAGCCCGCCCGCCGCGGCAGCACCCUGGCUGGUGGCGGGGUCGGGCCGGGGGGCGUCCUGCUGGGGGCUCCCGGCACCAUUGCGGAGCUGCGGACCCCGGUGGCCCUCAAGGAGCACCUCAAGCGGGGCAGGGGGGCACGGGAGUCGGGAAUCCAGCUGGUGGCUCUGGAGGCUGGAAGCGCCUCGGACAUGCCGCUAUCGGAGCAGGACGCAGCUGCCGUGGUGGCGCACUUUGACCAGCGGCGCCAAAUGCUGGGUGCCCCGCCAUCACCUAGCCGCCCGGCCCUCACACCGGCCGAUAGAGCUCUUAGAGCCUGGACCAACAACACUAACAACACUAACAACACUAACAACACUAACAACACUAACAACACUAACAACAACAGUAACAAGGUUCCGGGGGUCAUCGUGCGUGGCGUUGGCGGCAACGGCAGCGGCGGCAGUAGCCAUAGCGGUAGAGGCAGUUUCAGCGGAAAUGGCGGUAGCGGCGGGGGAGGCGCGCUCUUCCAGCGGCGUUUCUCGGAGAGCGGCGAUAUGUGCGGCGGCAGCUUCAGCGGCCUCGACGGGGCCGGCUUGCCUACCGCUAGGCGCAACGCCGCUGGUACGGCAGCACCGGACAGCAUCAUUGCCCAGCUGCAGCAGCAGCAACUGCAGCCUCCGCCUCCACCGCCGGGGGAAUCCGCGUCUCUUCACCGACCCGUCCAAGAGACUUCCGCGUCCGCCGCGAUCUCCCUGGAGCGCCAAGCCCUGGCGGCAGGCGGGGCGUCUGGCGCUGCGGCUGCGCUGCUACCGACUCGCGCGGGGUCGCUUUCACAGCAGAGCGCUUGCGGCGCACGGGCGGCAGGGGCAGCGGUUCCGACGGCGGCGGCGGCGGCGACAGGAGAACAUACAGAGCCUCCUGCCGGGUGGGUCUCCGUUCCGCUGGUAAGUGGAUGGGUCGAUGCUAUGGGCGGCAGCGGUGGCGGCAUUGACGGCGGCGACGGCGCGCUACGGCCCGUGCUGCAGCCGUCCAGCGCUGACCACCUCCAGGUGGCGCAGGUGCAGCCGGGGGGAUCAUCGUCGGGGGAGCAGGGCAAUGUUGACGAUGGCAACAAUGACGACGGCGCCGCCGACAGCGCUACGGUCCCGGGUGGCGGACCGUCGCCUCCUGCCCCAUCGGCAGCGGCAGCGCCGCCCCAGGCAGCCACGUCGGCGCCGCCUGUACUGCGGUCGCUGCUGGUGCCUGUCCUGUCGGCGGGUGAGCUUUCCUCGCCUCCACCGGAUCGCCCGGGAAGCGGCAGGGCCGGGCUAGCGCCAGACAAGCAACCGUCCGCUGCCGCCGGCGGCGGCGUCGGCAGCAGCGGCAACGGGAGCGAGGGAGAAGCGGGCAUCCGGAGUCGCUUCUUGUCAACGCCGUCUGCUGCCGUCAGCAUACCGCAGUCGCCGGGUCUUCAUCUGGCGGUAAACUCGCCCGUCGGCACCGCCGCCGGAGGCAGCUGCAGCGGCCUGGUUCCCGUGCCGCCGUCGGCGUCGCCGGACUGUCCAGGGCUACUGAUCGCCGGGCUUCGCCGCCCGCGGCCGCGCGUCUCCGUCGCCAACGACGGCACCCCCAGUGGCGGCCAGCUGCCACAGUUGACGCAAGCAGGCUGGGUACCCGCUGACGGGUGGUCAGGCGUUGACGGCGGCGGCGUCACCCCAAAUGCAGCGGCGACGACGACGACGGCGACGCCUUCGCUCCGCCUUGUCAUGCACAUCUCUCCCCCUUCGCCUCCGCCUCAUUCGCCCAGCCGUGCCGGAGCCGGCCCCACAGCAUCCGCGGUAGCUUACCGCCGUAACAGAACCUCCAGCCCCGGCUUCGCCAAUCUAGCAACCCCUUCCGGGGCGUUAUCGCCGACACACUCGCCAUCGUCGUCUUCGCCGCCGCUGAUGUUGCGGCCCUCCGCGCAGCCGCCGACGCCGAACACGCCGACGCCACCGUCGCCGUCUAGUCAACGGCGGGCGUCAUUAUCGACACCCGUCGUAGUGGCGACCAACCCCGGCGGUAGCGGGGCAGGUCGCGCAACCGCCGCUGCCACUACAGCCACUACUGCUGCUUUCGCCGCCGUGUCGUCGCUGUGCCGCUCACCACCACAAGGACAUCUUAGCCAUCUGCAACAGCAGCAGCAUCAAAAGGCAUCAAGUGCCGUACCUGUACGACAAUAUGUCUUCAAGCCCGGCAACACAGGCGUCACGGGUGUCCGUGGCAGGCUGACGGAUGACGGUGGCGGCGUCUUGGUGAUGGGCCCCGUCGGCGUCGCCACAGCCAGCGGUAGCGGCGUCCACGCCAGUGGUGGCGGCGCCGCCACCGCCGCCACCAAGCCCCGUACGACGCCAGUCAGUGACGCGGUGCUGGCGGGUCUACGGGUGGUGGCGACGGAGGUUGCGGAUGAGCUGUCUCGCGAGGCGGAGGUGGCGGCGAUGACUCGACAGGCGGUUGCGUCGCAGCGAAGUCGUCUACGGACCAGCGACAGCGGCAAACCCACACGCUACAUCAGCCUCCCGGGGGACCCCUGGCGCAAGUGGGGAUGA